GUCAGUCGUGUUUCAUGAUGUUUUCUUUAGCAGAUCUCGUGUCUGUUUCUGCUUCUUCUCAGUGGAUUUUAACGUUUUCUUGGUUGUUGUUCUGUAAACAUGUUGAAGGUGGACGCACUGAUUCAGUCAGAACAAUCUCUGCUGCUCCUGGUGAUGAUGUCAUCCUGCCGUGUCGUCUGGACUCUGAGGAGGACCUGCAGGAUUACUUUCUGGAGUGGACCAAACUGGAGAUGAACCCAGAUCCAUCAGGGAGACGUUUUGUGUACCUGUACCGCAGCAGGAAGACCAUGACCAGAUUCAUGAUGGAGACGUUCAUCCAGAGAGUGUCUCUGAACCCAGACGGACUCAAACGAGGAGACGUGACGUUAAAGAUCAGGAACGUGACGCUCCAGGAUAAGGGAACCUACAGAUGCUACAUCCAUGGAUUGGACCACAGGGAGACGGUUCAGCUGCUUGUUGGUGAACAGAAGAACAAACCAAUCAUUGCUGCUCCUGGUGAUGAUGUCAUCCUGCCGUGUCGUCUGGACUCUGAGGAGGACCUGCAGGAUCACAUCGUGGAGUGGACCAAAGUAGAGAUUGAGCCAGAUCCAUCAGGGAGACGUUUUGUGUAUCUGUACCUGAACAGGAAGACCAUGACUAAUUUAAUGAUGGAGACGUUCAUCCAGAGAGUGUCUCUGAACCCAGACGGACUCAAACGAGGAGACGUGACGUUAAAGAUCAGGAACGUGACGCUCCAGGAUGAGGGGAAGUACAGCUGCUUCAUUCCUGGGAAGAAGUUCAGGGAGACGGUUCAGCUGCUUGUUGAGCCAAAUGGAGUCAGAGCUCCAACCAUGGAAACAUCCCAGUUUAACAUCUCCACUCCAGAUCCAGGAGGAGAGCAGAACAACAUCAUGUCCAGUUAUAUGAUACUGGGUCUUUGUAUUGUUGUUGGAGUUUUUCUUUCAUCCAUCUUCUCUGCUGUUUGUAUCCAUCAGAGGAGACGAAAGAAAUUCCAGAAACUUCAUUUGAGAAGACAUCCCAUCUCUCUAAAACUCUGCUUCAACAACCAGAGAUCAUCAGAGAAGAUGAGACUCCAACUGAACUAUGACCUUUCUCCAACCUGGAACUCUCUGAUCUGAUGAAACCUCUUUCUGCUCCUGAUCCCAACGUUCCAGGAUGUUUCCCGUUUCUCCAGGAAUUCUUCAGUUCUGACUGUUGAAGCUUUGAAGCUGCUGCAGACUCUGGACUUGGUUCCUGCUGUGGGACUUUUCUGGGUUUUAGAUCCAGUCUCAGUGAUGGUUGAUGUCCAUCAGAGAAAAAGUCCAACUGAGAGAAAUGCUGCGUUCAUGUGCUGCUGGAAUGAUGGAAAAAUGAACGUCUGACUCUGAAAACACACAUGAACAAAUCUUCCAGCAGCUCAUGAAUGCAGAGAGACUUUCUGCUCCUAAACAGAGAUUUGUGUGUGUAGAGCGCCAUCUAUGGAGAGACUCCAGAACUACAGGAAAACCAAACAUUCAUCAGGAUUAUCAAGAGAAUUGAUUCCAGAUUUAUAUGUAUAUUUAUGAUGAACUUUGUACAUUAAUGUAAAUAAAGAAUAAUACUGUACUUGUUCAUAAAAUAUUAUAGUAAAGAGAUGUCUAUAGUUACUUCCUAUGAUUCUUAUGUAUUUUCAUGUCAAGUCAAUAUUGAAUGUAUAUUUGUGUUUAUUCUCGUCUCUGUCAUGUUUGUAUUUCCUGUUUGUAAUGAUGUUUGUGGAGGAAAUGAGCUCCUCUGUCUUCAUGAUGGAUUCUCCGGCAUCAGUCA